AUGCCGCCAAUCCGCGGUCAAAAAGCUCAGAAAUCAAUUGAGCAGGAAGGCAGAAUCCUGCUAGCAAUUAAGGCUUUAAAAAAUGGCCGCUUUAUCUCUGUUGCUGCUGCUGCUCGCUCUUUUGAGGUCCCACGGUCUACAUUACAAGACCGGAUGAAAGGGAUUACUAGUUGGUCUGACACAAGGGCUAUAGGCCAUAAAUUCACCCAAUUAGAAGAGGAAUCAAUCCAGGAUUGGUUAAUCUCUAUGGAUCAUAGAGGUGCUGCUCUUACGAUCGCUAUGUUGAGAGAUAUGGCCAAUUUACUACUUAAAAACCGUGGAGAACAUACCCUCCAGACCGUCAGCAAGAAUUGGCCAACACAAUAUAUUAAACGACAUCCUGGGCUUUCUAGUCGAUUCUCUCGCAGAUAUGACUACAAACGCGCUUUAAUGGAAGAUCCAAAGACCAUUAUUGACUGGUAUAAGCUUGUUGAAAAAACGAUUGCUCAAUAUGGUAUCACUUCGGAUGAUAUCUUCAACUUUGACGAAUCAGGGUUUGCGAUGGAAGUCAGUGCAACGACAAAGAUUAUUACACAGUCAUUCUAUACCGGUCGGAGGGGUGUUUUACAAGCUGGCAAUCGCGAAUGGGUGACUGUUAUUGAAACAAUUUGCGCCUCCGGGCGAGCGCUCCCACCAUACGUUAUCUUUAAAGGCAAAAACUUUAUGGUACGAUGGUUUGACGACCUUCCAAAACAUUGGGCGCUUAACGUUAGUCCAAACGGCUGGACGAGCAAUGAAAUUGGCGUUGAUUGGCUCCAAAAACACUUCAUUCCGCAUGUCAAAAGUCAGACGAAAGGGAAAGAUUGUCUUUUGGUCCUUGAUGGCCACGAUAGUCAUCUCACCGCCACAUUCGACAAGAUAUGCCAGGAAAACAACAUUAUACCAAUAUGUAUGCCUCCGCAUGCCUCUCAUCUUUUACAGCCUCUUGAUGUUGGUUGUUUUGCUGUGUUAAAGCGCUCUUACGGAAGGCGGGUUGCGGAAUACACCCGAUUAGGCAUCGAUUCGAUUGAGAAAGAUGACUUCCUUGAUAUCUUUCCAGCGGCUCGUAACGAUUCAUUCAAAGAGUCUAUCGUUCAAAGUGCCUUCGCAGCUACUGGUCUAGUGCCAUUAGAUCCUGAUCGGGUACUAUCAAAGCUUAACAUUCGCCUUCAAUAUCCGCCUCUACUAGAUCGACCAGUUUCACAAGGUUCAACAUCAGGUAGCAAUAUCUCUACUGGUGUACCUCAGACGACUAGGCAGCUAGAAAUACGCAAAUCUAGGCUCGAUUCUGGUCUAAGUUCAGCCACUGAUAAGAUCUCUUCGCCUACAAAACGUGAUCUUCAACAGUUCUACAACAUGUCGGUUAAGCUAGUUCAUGAGCAUAUCUUGAUGCGGGAUGAAAUCAAGCGUUUACGGGAGGGGAAUCGAAAGCAGACAAAAAAGAGGGAGAAAUCAAAGAAGCAAAUACCUAACAAAGGUAGUUUAACAGAGCUUCCGGGUCCUACUACCAAUGUUGGUGGUGAGGAAGGUGCUAGUGUGAGAUAUAUAUUUGAUCCUGCACCUGCUCUAGAACCCUAUGUUGAACCUACACUCCCUGUUUUGCCCCCUGUGCGUCGGAAAAUCACCUGUUCUGGGUGUAAUCAGAAAGGGCAUUCUUUUAAUAAAUGCCCCAAAGCAUAA